AUGGCUUGCUGUGUGUUACAGAUCACUGGUCUAAUAUUUGGAGGUAUUGGCAUGGUUGGGACCUUGGCAGCCACAGUUAUGCCACAGUGGAGGGUUUCUGCCCACAUUGAUAGCAACAUCAUAGUGUUUGAGACCAUGUGGGAAGGAUUGUGGAUGGACUGCGUCAGUCAGAUGGGCAUCAGGCUGCAAUGCAAAUUCUAUGACUCUUUCUUGGCUCUCCCCAGACCCUUGGAGGUGUUGAGAAUCCUGAUGUGCAUUGCAGUGGUGCUGUCAAUCAUUUCCUUUUUGACGGCCAUUGUUGGUGUGAAGUACACCCACAGGACCAAGGAGGAUCCCCAGGGCGUAAGUAUCUUCAUUCUGGCAGCUGGAAUUGCCCUCCUCCUGACUGGCAUUCUCGUUUUGAUCCCAGUGUCCUGGAGUGGAGGUAGCAUCAUUCAUGACUUCUAUGAUCCAAAAGUCCCUGUGCCACUGAAACGAGAACUGGGAGCUGCUCUCUAUGUUGGCUGGGCAAGCGCUGCGCUUCUCAUUGCUGCGGGAGUAAUGUACUGUGUCUUCUGGUGCUGGUCUGAUACAUCCUUAAAAUCCAGGUAUCCUUUGAUUUUCCAUCAUAGAUUGCACAAACCUGACCUUGCAGGAGGAACAUCCCGAAGUGUGCAAGCUUAUGUGUAG